ACGUGACCGCCAGUGAACAUGGCGGUACCUGAGGAUUAGGAGGAAUUGGUCCCCCCCCCCACCGUUCCAUCGGUGCUUCCAUCGCCGGCACUGACGACCAGUAAAUCAUGCGCGAGGACAGCAAAACCAAAAACAUGUUCUUGACUCGCGCGCUGGAAAAAAUCCUAGCUGACAAAGAUGUGAGGAAAUCCCAGCAAUCCCAGCUCCGCAAAGCCUGUGAGGUGGCUCUGGAAGAAAUUAAAAUUGAAAUAGAAAAACAAAGAUCGGGAGAGAAACAUGGUUCUACAAUACCUAAAGCAAACUUCAUUGAGGCUGAUAAGUACUUUCUUCCAUUUGAGUUGGCUUGUCAAUCAAAAUCCCCUCGUAUCGUCAGCACGUCUUUGGACUGUCUGCAAAAAUUGUUAGCUUAUGGACAUAUCACUGGUAAUGCUCCUGACAGUUCAACUGGAAAGAGGCUAAUUGAUAGGAUUAUUGAAACAAUUUGUGGAUGUUUUCAAGGAACUCAAACAGACGAAGGUGUGCAACUUCAGAUAAUUAAGGCACUGCUCACUGCUGUGACUUCAUCCUACAUUGAAAUCCAUGAAGGAACGAUCUUGCAAACGGUCCGGACAUGCUACAAUAUUUACCUUGCUAGUAAAAAUUUGAUCAAUCAAACUACAGCAAAAGCUACUCUCACACAAAUGCUUAAUGUCAUAUUUACCAAGAUGGAAAAUCAAGUGGUACAAGAGGCAAAAGACCUUGAGAAAAACAGGCAACAACAUAAUCUCCGUCCAUCAUCUGGAACACACAGUUUGGAUGGUUCUCCACAACUCAAUCAGAUAGAAGAGUGUUCGACCAAAAUGACGGCCUCUGAAAAUGAAGCAGACCAAAUAAAUACGAUGCAAGAGAAAACACAAAUUGAAUGUGUAGAAAUAGAAAAUGAAACAAUGACAGUUCGUAAAGAAGAUGAUGUGGAGUCUGAACAAUUUUUUGAUGCUGCAGGCAUUUUGAGUGAAAAUCAUGAAGAAAAUGUGAAUGUGGAGGAGAUCGUGGGACAAAUAUUGGAGGAAAUGGUGGCCAUCGUGACGAAAGAGACAGAAUUAAAAACUGAUGGAACUCCAGAGAUGACAUCACAAAAUCAAGUAGCUGUAGAAUGCAAUGAACACCUGCAACCUAAUGGUAUCCCUGAAGAAUCACUUCAAGUGCAUGAUAGCAGUUCAGUAACUGUUAGAAAAUCUGUACCCGAUUGUGAUGUCCAGGAAACUGAAGCUUUAGUGCCGCCACCUGUCAAUGCUAAAUUUUCCCACGUUUUGCAGAAAGAUGCAUUUUUGGUUUUCAGAUCACUUUGCAAGCUUUCUAUGAAGCCAUUAAGUGAUGGACCUCCUGAUCCAAAGUCUCAUGAGCUGCGGUCAAAAAUAAUUUCACUGCAACUACUUCUGUCAGUUCUUCAAAAUGCUGGUCCAGUCUUCAAAACGAAUGAUAUGUUUAUCACUGCAAUUAAGCAGUAUCUUUGUGUGGCCCUGUCCAAAAAUGGAGUGUCUGGUGUGCCAGAUGUCUUUGAACUCUCACUUGCUAUUUUUCUCACUCUGCUUUCACACUUCAAGAUCCACCUGAAAAUGCAGAUCGAGGUUUUCUUUAAAGAGAUUUUUCUGAAUAUUUUGGAGACAUCCAGAAGUACCUUUGAGCAUAAAUGGAUGGUCAUUCAGACGCUGACUAGAAUUUGUGCAGAUGCUCAAUGUGUUGUUGAUAUAUAUGUGAACUAUGAUUGCGAUUUGAAUGCUGCAAACAUAUUUGAGCGCCUUGUAAAUGACUUGUCAAAAAUUGCUCAGGGGCGAAGUGGUCAUGAAUUGGGGAUGACACCUCUGCAGGAGUUGAGUCUUAGAAAGAAAGGAUUAGAAUGCUUGGUUUCCAUUCUAAAAUGCAUGGUUGAAUGGAGUAAAGAUUUGUAUAUAAAUCCAAACCUACAGUCCAAUCUUGGCCAAGAGAAGCCAUCUGAGCAAGAUAACAGUGAAAGUAAGCGUGCAGAGGCAGCACGUAGACGAGGUAGUACAAAUUCCUUCGAUUCGACAGUAUCGUCUGGUGUUGGGAGUCUUAGCACUCAGACAUCAGCAACAGAUGAUCCUGAACAAUAUGAAGUCCUGAAGCAACAGAAGGACAUUAUAGAACAAGGAAUAGAUUUAUUCAACAGGAAACCAAAGAGAGGUAUACUGUACUUGCAGGAACAAGGAAUGUUAGCUACAACAGCUGAAGACAUUGCACAGUUUCUUCUACGGGAAGAAAGAUUAGAUACGAGCCAAGUGGGUGAAUUCUUAGGAGAAAACAACAAGUUCAACAAAGAGGUGAUGUAUGCUUAUGUUGACCAGCUUGAUUUCUGUGAGAAAGAUUUUGUGUCAGCUCUUCGAAUAUACCUUGAAGGAUUUCGUCUGCCUGGAGAAGCGCAGAAAAUUGAUCGACUCAUGGAGAAAUUUGCAGCUAGAUAUUUGGAAUGCAAUCAAGGACAGACAAUGUUUACAAGUGCUGAUUCUGCAUAUGUUCUGGCCUACUCUAUUAUAAUGCUGACAACAGAUUUGCACAGCCCUCAGAUAAAGAACAAAAUGACCAAAGAACAGUACAUUAAGAUGAAUCGUGGGAUCCAUGACAGCAAAGAUCUGCCGGAAGAAUACUUGUCUUCCAUUUAUGAUGAGAUUGCAGGGAAGAAAAUUACACUGAAAGAAACAAAGGAGCUUUCAAUGACACCAAGAUCCACAAAGCCAAGUACCGAGAAACAGAGAAGGCUACUGUAUAAUCUUGAGAUGGAGCAAAUGGCAAAAACAGCAAAGGUCUUGAUGGAAGCAGUGAGCCAUGCACAGGCACCGUUUACCAGUGCAACACAUCUUGAGCAUGUCAGACCAAUGUUUAAAUUGGCAUGGACACCAUUAUUAGCAGCUUUCAGUGUUGGAUUACAAGACUGUGAUGAUUCUGAUGUAGCUUUUCUUUGCUUGGAAGGCAUUCGUUGUGCAAUUAGGAUAGCCUGUAUUUUUGGGAUGCAGAUUGAGAGAGAUGCCUAUGUUCAAGCUCUGGCCCGUUUUACUUUAUUAACAGCAAGCUCUGGCAUCACAGAAAUGAAGCAAAAAAACAUAGAUACUAUAAAGACUCUCAUUACCGUGGCACACACUGAUGGUAACUAUCUUGGAACUUCCUGGCAUGAGAUCCUGAAAUGCAUUAGCCAGCUCGAGCUGGCACAGCUAAUAGGUACAGGAGUAAAGACCAAAUAUAUUUCUGGCUCUAUGCGCUCUAAAGAUGGGCUCACUGGAAGUUCUGGAACUGGAGGAGAAGAAUUCUUUGGACUGAGUACCUUCGGCGCUGCAGAUAAAAAGCAGAUAGCCAGUAUUCAGGAGUCUGUGGGAGAGACCAGCUCACAGAGUGUUGUAGUUGCUGUGGAUCGGAUAUUCACAGGAUCAACAAGAUUGGAUGGAAAUGCUAUUGUUGAUUUUGUGCAUUGGCUCUGCGUUGUUUCUAUGGAUGAACUCGGUUCACCUCACAAUCCGAGAAUGUUCAGUCUUCAAAAGAUUGUUGAAAUUUCAUAUUAUAAUAUGGGUCGCAUCAGGCUUCAGUGGUCAAGAAUUUGGGAAGUAAUUGGAGACCAUUUUAAUAAGGUUGGAUGCAAUCCAAAUGAGGAUGUUGCUAUUUUUGCUGUUGACUCUCUGCGACAGCUGUCUAUGAAAUUUUUAGAAAAAGGAGAGUUGGCAAAUUUUCGGUUCCAGAAGGACUUUUUGAGACCUUUUGAACACAUUAUGAAAAAGAACAGGUCACCAACGAUAAAAGACAUGGUCAUUCGCUGUAUUGCGCAGAUGGUAAAUUCACAGGCUUCAAAUAUCCGUUCAGGGUGGAAGAACAUCUUCUCGGUAUUUCACCAAGCUGCUUCAGACCACGAGGAGCCAAUUGUGGCACUGGCUUUUCAAACCACUGGACACAUUAUCAUGGAUAUCUUUAAGACACACUUUCCAGCAGCAAUUGAUUCAUUCCAGGAUGCAGUGAAAUGUUUAUCUGAGUUUGCUUGUAAUGCUGCUUUUCCUGAUACCAGUAUGGAGGCAAUACGACUAAUUCGCCAUUGUGCAAAAUAUGUGUUUGAGCGACCACAGGUGCUGAAGGAGUAUACAAGUGAUGACAUGAAUGUAGUACCUGGAGAUAGAGUAUGGGUACGAGGGUGGUUUCCAAUAUUGUUUGAGCUUUCCUGUAUUAUAAAUCGUUGCAAAUUGGAUAUUCGCACAAGGGGGCUCACAGUGAUGUUUGAAAUAAUAAAAAGCUACGGUGAAACAUUUGAGAAGCAUUGGUGGCAGGAUCUGUUCAGAAUCAUCUUUCGUAUAUUUGAUAAUAUGAAGCUUCCUGAACAGCAAACUGAGAAAUCUGAAUGGAUGACAACUACCUGCAAUCAUGCACUUUAUGCAAUUUGUGAUGUCUUCACUCAGUUCUAUGAAAUCUUGAAUCAAAUACUAUUGGAUGAUUUAAUUGCUCAGCUACAUUGGUGUGUGCAGCAAGACAAUGAACAACUGGCCCGAUCGGGGACAAAUUGUUUAGAAAAUGUAGUGAUUCUAAAUGGUCAAAAGUUCAGUCCCUUAGUCUGGGAUAAAACAUGCGACUGUAUGCUGAACAUUUUCAAGACCACCAUUCCCCAUGCCCUUUUAGCAUGGCGGCCUACAAGCAUGGAGGAAGAUUCUUCAGAAAAGGGUUCAGACCUGGAAGCUGACAGGCAGUCAAUCUGUAGCAUAGAGCGAAAUGCUUCAGAGAAAGGUCAGAGCCAAUUCAGUCAAAUAUCUAGUGAUGAAACUUGGAAAUAUAAACAGAAUGCAAAAAUAUCCGAUCAGAAACUCUUUGCUGCACUCCUCAUCAAAUGUGUUGUACAACUUGAAUUGAUCCAAACAAUAGACAACAUUGUGUUCUUUCCAGCAACAAGUAAAAAGGAGGAUGCUGAAACUAUGGCAGCUGUACAGAGGGAUAUGAUCAUUUCUGAGGUUCAUAUUGGUACUGAAGACCACGGAAUGUAUCAAUACAUGUCUUCAGAACAGAUUUUCAAGCUUUUGGAUUGUCUGUUGGAGUCGCAUUCAUUUGCCAAAGCUUUCAACUCAAAUAAUGAACAAAGGACUAUGCUUUGGAGAGCAGGAUUUAAAGGCAAGUCCAAACCUAAUCUUUUAAAGCAAGAAACCAGUAGUCUUGCUUGCUGCCUUCGCAUACUGUUCCGCAUGUACACAGAUGAAACUCGGCGGAAUUCAUGGGAUAAUAUACAGAAACGACUAUUGAAUGUUUGCUGUGAAGCUCUAGCUUAUUUCAUAACACUAACCUCUGAAAGUCACCGUGAAGCAUGGACAAAUUUAUUGCUGCUUUUCCUCACAAAGACUCUCAAAACCAGUGAUGAAAAGUUUAAGAUCCAUGCUUCUGCAUACUAUCCUUUCUUGUGCGAAAUUGUACAGUUUGACCUAAUUCCUGAACUGCGCGUAGUUUUACGCAAGUUCUUUCUCCGUAUUGGCGUUGUAUUCCAAAUCUGUCAUUCAGCGGAACAACCAAAAGAAGUUACUGCAUAAAGACAAGACAACAUAUAUUUCUGUUUCCUGCCUGUAAAUGGGGCCCUGCUAUUUGAAGGAAAUGUUUUAUUUUGGAGUUAGUUUUCAGUUUUAUUUGAGGAUUCCCAAAUUAAUGAUGUAAUUCUUAUAUUUAAUGGGGUAUAUUAUGAGACAGUUAUUCUGCCUCUCCACAUAAUCAACAGGUUGGAAUUUUAUUUUUCUUCGUCUUGAAGGAAAGUUUGAAUUGUUUCCUUGUGUAUUUAAUAUCUGUAUGAUACCCAGCUGAACCAUUUCAGGGACUUUAAAUUGUUAUAUAUACAUAUAUAUAUGAAACACUACUGUCUUAAACAGUAAAUAUUUGAGGUAAAUGUAUAGUUAGCAAAUUGUACAGUGUAAACUGCAGUCACUAACUUCAUGAAUUGGCCCGUCACACUUUCAGUGCUGUUGUAUUGCUAACUAAAAUGUUAUUUAAAUUGCUGUUGUGAAAUAAUGCUAACAUGUUGGUAUGAAAUACUCAUUGUGGGGGUGAUGGUAAAUGAUAAAAGCAAAACUUUGAUCCAUCUGAUGAGGAACAAUAAGUUUGUUUUUGCUUCAUUACUUGCUCUUAGUAAAAGCAGUUCACAUUUUUGUAUUGAAUGGAUAUGUAAAUCUGAAGGUUUUGAUUUUUGUUCCUUGCAUAAUUGCAGUGGAGUUUGCACACAAUUUUCCCUUCAAAUUAUAAUCACAAUUAUCAUUGACAAUAAGAUGAGCACAAUUACAAAUUGCAGUAAAGACAUGCAAAUUAUAUUGAAUUUCAAAGUAGCUUGACAACAGAUCAGUUGUAUAUUUUAAUGCAAAUUAUACAGAUUAUACAAGAAAAUAAUGAAAUUGAUUAUCUUGACGUCCACUAAUGUGAUAAAGUCUCAAUUAUGGUAAAUGGCCAGAAAUUGCUUGCUUGAUUUUUUUUUAAGUUGAUAAUUCUUGAAAUUCAAAGACCUCAAGACUCAAUCCAUUAUGGUAUGAAUGUAGGUAAGUUAUCUGUAAAAUCUGCAGAUUUGUUAACAAUAGUGGAAUGAUUUAAAAUGCUGUUUAAAAAACAAUGCUUAUUUCUGUUGGGGACAAUGAGCAUUUAAAAUUUAAAAUAGUUCAGGCUCUACUGCUCUAUGAGUGUAUUUAAUGCAUGGGGUUUAUUAUGUAACUUUGCACGAAGAUAUUAAUGAGCAGUUUGGGAUUAGAUAAUAUGUAAUAAUAUCUGGCUGGAUUUUGUCAAGUGACACUAAUUACAGAAUCUCUUUUGGUUUGUUCACCAUCUUGGAUUUCGCAACAUGCAUAUGUGACUGUCUCCUUUGGAUAACUUAAAAUCAACCAAUGUAGAACAGGGAGUUGCUUUUACAUGACUGUCAAUCAGAUGUUCAUGCCAUUCUUACACAAUCUUGGUCUUGCACACCAAGUUACAAAUCAAAAAUUAUUGGCAGCAGUUAAUAGGUGUAAAUUGGGUUUACCAAUAACUUGAGACCAGUGUUUUCACAUGUACUGACAAAUUUUCUACUGAUGUCACCUGAGGUAUAAACGCUAAUUUCAUAAAAUCUGAAAAUCCACAUGUUUUGCAGCUGAUCUGUUUAUAAAUUGUGCAUGGUUUAAAAUGAAUAGUGCAAACAGUUACAAGUAUUAUAUACUAGAUACAGAUGGAUAUGAAAAGAUUUGCAAGGGGAAUGGUAAAAUACAGAUCACUUCUAAUGUUGACAUAAGAUGACGUAAUGCAACACACCAGCAAGUGCAUUGUACUGCCAUGUCCUUUGCUGGUUAUCCAUUAGAGGCAGCAAUAGAAUAUGUCUUGACCCCUAGCCUUUAAGAAAAAUAAGAUGGGUUAAUGUCAUGGCAUAAGUAACUGAAAUAAUUAAAAUACCAUCCAGUUAACUUGCACAAUUAAUGAAAAUAUACUUGAAGGAAAUAAAUUAAGUAGAGAGGUUAUACGUGGUAUAUAUCAUGGUUUUAUUUUGUUACUUGGGUUUUUGAAAACUUUGUUGUGUUUGACUUUGGUAACCCAAGGCAAAAUUUCUGUUAUGGAUUUCCUUCUAAAAUCCUAAUUCAUAAUUUCUCAUGUCCAAUUUGUAGGUUGACCUAAUUAGUACUCUAAAAGUCAUAUUAGAUUUUGUAACUUUUGCUAAAACUAUAACAAAGUUCUGUGUUGGGCAGCUGAGGAGAAAUUCCACAGACAUGGAGAGGACUGAAUCUGGUUUCUACCUAUUUUUUUAAUACCUAGUUGUGUGCUGGACAUUGUGAUUAGCAUUCAGUUUUUCUUGCUCCUUUUCAUUAGCAGUAAGUGAGAGGGUGAUGACAUUAUCACAAAAUGAGCACUGUAAGGUAAUAAAAUUGUCGUCUGCUUGAUAGGCAAUAUAUUAAAAUACCUUACAUGGGCAUGAAAUAACUAUUAUAAUAUCUUAACUCAAUAUUUCAUUUGGAAGGUAUAACAAAGUUAUUUCUAGCAUCUAUAUGAAUUACUGAAUGUAGUUCUUUCAAACAUUGUCAAAUAGUGCUUUAAAUUUUAAAAAAGCAAGAAUAUUGUAUUUGAAGUCAUAACUGUAGUAUAUGUUAUUCAACAGUUUUCAGUGUAAGGAGUAAAAAAAAUUAGUUGCAAUCUUCUUAUUUCCCUGAUUCUAUCAUUGGGCUUGAUUGUGUUUAGUGGUGAGGGUAGUGACAUGUUCAAUAAUAUUUCAAUACAUCAUUUAUUUUGUGUUUUUCAUUUUGAAUCGAAAGAGAGAAUAGUGAAGCAAAUUUAUUUCAGUAUAUUUGUGAGAAGGGUUUAUUGAUCAGUUCUAAAUAUACAUACUGUUGAAAAUUCAUGACCAUGCAGAUGCAUUUGUUAGUUUAUUGUAAGAUUAUUUAUUAGUUUUUUUAAUGUUCCAUGCUAAAAGAUAAAAAUGACUAAUCUCCCUAUAAGUCUCCAAGCUUUGUUUCAUAUCGUCCAGUUUAUUUGUUUAAGAACAGCUUGUUGGUUUGUGCCAUACUUCAGUUACUAUUCUUCCUUGCAAAGCUGAUACCACGUUGUUUGGAGUUUGCAACACCAAUAGCAUUACUGUUGGCAGUGUGAGCUGUUUCUUUAAUGGAAAAUCAUUUGUAUUAAUGCAGCCUGAUGCCUCCAGUGUAUAGUGAUUAGUUCAUUUGCUUUUCUUUAUUAUCAUAUGGAUUAACAUAAGCUGUUUGCUGCUCUCAAUUAUAUGUUAUACAACAUUUAGACUUAUCACAGCCAAUGAAUAUUGGAACAAUAGCAUCAUUUUAUAUGGCUUCUCAGAGGCAAGAGAUAAUGGUGUUGAAUAGGCAACAUAACUUCCACAAAUGUAUGAUGGUACCUUAACUAAUGAAACCUAUUGGAGCACUCCUGGUUGGCUUAAAAUAACUGAAUUUUACUACUUUACGGGCUGAUCAUUUUUCCUGAUGUUAUAGCUAAUUAGGCAUUGCCUGAGUUUUCUUGUACUUUAGACAGUCAAGCAAAAGUGAUUAAGGAGUGACAAUUUAGUGCAUUUUAACUCUGUAAUUUUUGCCAUGGUUACCUUGGGUGUUCUUAUCAGUCAAUACAAUUUUGUAUCUUAGUUGUUUCAUAAAUACACUGCAAUUAUUGUUUCCUGGUGGCCCCAAAGGCAUUGCUGCAGAAUGAUAGCUGGCCAGUCGUCACAUGCAACAAUGAAUGUUAGUAGAUGGGAGAUAUUUUGAUUCUUGUUCAGUAGGCAUAGAUUUCUGUCUGGAAUCACUGGAUGUUGAUCUUCAGGAACUGAAUUUUUCUUUUUUAGCAGUCACAGUAGAUCCUCCAUCUCUGAACAUAAUUGUGAAAAUAGAAAAUUAAAUUGGUAUCAAUCUAAAGUAAAGUAAAUAAGGUAAAUCUCAGGUUGUUUUAUUGGAAAUUGCCCGUUUGGGGCGGGACGGGGCGAAUACGAGCUGAUUCACUAUGUUUGGUGUCCUGUUGUUAAUUUAAAGUAAUUGGCUUAUUUAUCUUAGAUUUAUAAUUGUUGUCAUGAUAUCUGUUGAAACAAUUAUUUUAAUUUGCUUAUUUUCUAGUGACUAUGAAAAUACAUGAAUAAUGUUUAAGCUUUUGCAACAGGAAUUCAUUUAAUGUAGACCACAUAUCAAAUUAGACAAUCGAACCGACUUGUGAAAUUUAAAUUAUUGUAUCCAAUCAUUGCUCCAUCUCAAUGUAAUAAUUGUACUGUUUUUAUGCUGAAUGUAUAUUUACAUGUUUAAUUUCUAUAACAUGAAGAAAAAUUUAAUUAUUCAUAAAUUUUAUGAAUGAAAUAUAUAGUACUGUGAAGUGCAUUGAAGAAAAUUCAUAAUUUAAGAGCAUUCCUUGCCACUGUGGAUGUAUAAAAUAUUUUGGAAGAACAGAUUAAAUAUAUAAUAUGAAAUAACCAUGUAAAGUUUUCUAUGUCAUUCUGUAUAAUAAAACUGAUUAUCCUAUUCCAAUCACUUAAUAAAUCAGUGAGGUUUUACACCUAAUUUGCUUCACGCAGUUGAUUACUGAAAUCGUAAUUAUUUGCACCAAUGUUCUUCUUAAUGAGCAUGUAAUUACAAAUUAUUUAUGUGACAGAUUAUAAACUACUAUUUGCUUUCA